AUGCCGCAUUCGCCAGCACUUCCAUCUUUGGCAAACCUGAGCACAGACACUCAUAAGGAUGCUCUUUCUACUGAAAAAAGCUGCGCCAGCGUGGGUAUGGACUGGUCCUUCAUGGAGACCAGGCUGAAGCACGCAUCCGCCCUUAAGAAGUAUAUGCAAGCCCUACGUCAUCCUCUUCACCGUUUCUCUCCCCUUCAGUAUCCGGUGGUAAUUGACGCCGACUUUCUUUCCUUGUACUCACAGCAUGCCGGCGUGGGUCUUUCAACGGAUCAGCAGCAGCGUUCACGUCCACUCCCUGCCUUCUCCAAGCUGCGGUACAGAGCAUCCGACGCACCUGUGGACGGAGGAAACAGCAUGAGCAGAGGGCUAGGAACCGGCCCCUCCGUACCAUGGCGCACAGUACCUCCCGUACUCCCCCCAGACCAGCUGAGCGCGGCAAUGGCCACUGCGGACUUUGGUAAGGUUUUGGGCUAUUUUCGCUUGACAGCGGCUUCCAUAGUGCGUUGGUGUGUGGUGUACGGACAGCUCAUCUUUCUCUCAGACGCGAUCCCAGCAGACAGAAACUCAAUGAAACAGUCUCUUGAGGACGGAGGGAGCCUCCUGGUGUCUCCGGGAGGCAUUGCGGAAAUAUACGAGACGAAUCCGACAGAGGAACGCCUUCACCUACAGGACCGAGUGGGUAUUGUUCGUCUCGCAAUGCAAACAGGGGCGCGGUUGGUGCCGGUCUACUGUUUUGGCAACAGCCAAGCCUACCGCCUCCCCUGGGGUAUCCGAUUCCUCCAGCCAUUUGCCAGGCUGAUGCGCACUGCGCUCAUUACCUUCUACGGCCGCUUUGGCCUCCCUGUAGCGUUUCGCGUGCCCCUGCUUUACGCAAUAGGGCGACCCCUGCAAAUCCCUCAAGUGGAUCAACCCUCAAGAGAAGAUAUUGCUUCCGGUCACCAUCUCCUCGUGGAAGAAGUUAGACGCAUCUUUGACACCUAUAAGGGGCUUUACGGAUGGAGGAACAAGCAGCUAGAAAUCCUCUGA